UCGCCAAUGCCACCAGUGUUGCCAAUUCCGCCAUCCUCUCUGCCGACAUAUCUGCAACUUGAACUGUCGUCUGACCGACCAUCUGCACUCUACAUUCAUCGGUCGCCUGCAAAUGAUAUCCCAUACGAACCGUCCGCUGUAAAGUUUGAGCGCCUGAAGAACUUCUUACUGCUCCCAUUCCACUUGGAGCAUACUCUCAUGUUCGGAACUUUGGCGUGUUUGGAUGCCUGGCUCUAUACUUUCACCAUCCUGCCCCUCCGUUUUCUAAAGGCUGUCGUCAUCUUUGCACAAUGGUUUGGCCGCAACGCAACUAGAGAGUCAACGGAUCUUGGUUCCUUCGUAUACAAUGGCCUAGGUCGACUAUGGCGUCGCCGACAGUAUCAGCAGCCUCCAGCUCCAGUGUCAAUUCCGAGCUCCGUACCAAGCAGUCGACGAACAUCCGCAUCGGAAGGAGAACAGCCCAAACGGCGUGCUACCGAGUCGGCAUCCGCCACUUCCGAGAAAGGCAAUUGGCAUACGGUGCCUCCUUCGCCGGCAAGGAAGCAGAGGAAGCCUUCUUCUGCUUUCAGACAUCGACGUGUCCGAUCGACGCCGUCCGUGCUGCUUCCGAAUCACAAAGCCGAUUUAUUGCAAGGCCUCCUCAUUGGUGCAGCAUGCGUUGUCUUGAUGUCGUUCGAUGCUAGCCGUAUGUACCAUUCCAUUAGAGGCCAGUCAGCUAUGAAGCUCUACGUCAUCUAUAACGUGCUGGAGGUUUUCGAUCGUCUGCUUUCAGCUCUGGGCCAGGAUAUUUUGGAAUGCCUCUUUUCAAAAGAGACCCUGGAGCGCGACACUGAUGGACGCAGCAAAGUCAAGCGACCACUCGGCAUGUUCCUUCUCGCACUUGUGUACACGAUUGGUCACUCCACUGUACUUUUCUACCAGGUCGUGACCUUGAACGUCGCAGUCAACUCUUACUCAAACGCUCUCUUGACUCUCCUUAUGAGCAAUCAGUUCGUGGAGAUCAAGAGUGCCGUGUUCAAGAAGUUUGAGAAAGAGAACCUGUUCCAAAUGACCUGCGCUGAUGUGGUAGAGCGCUUCCAGCUUCUACUCAUGCUGUUGAUCAUUGCCUUGCGCAACAUCGUCGAGGUUGGUGGCCUAAGCAUUAGUCUUACUAGUGCUUUCGUCGAUACUACUGCACCAAUCGAAAGCAUGGGGGGUAACAGUACCGGCGUUCCUUCGGUAUCAGGCUUUGUCAUACCGAAAGCCUUUACACUGCUUCCGAAAUGGACUGGGGAGGUUUUGGGCCCUUUCUUGAUCGUGCUGGGUAGUGAAGCUCUGGUCGACUGGUGCAAGCACGCAUACAUCACCAAGUUCAACAACGUCAAGCCAAAAAUAUACGGUCGCUUCUUGGACGUCAUGGCGAAAGACUACUACUCUCAUGCAUUCGCUGACCAGAAUCUAACCAAGAGACUCGGCUUGCCUGUGAUACCGCUCAGCUGCCUGUUCAUCCGGGCAGUCGUACAGACAUAUCAUAUGUUCUUAGCCAUCCACAUGCCUCCUCCGAUACCUUCGGCCGCAACCUCUAUAUCUGUAGACUCGGAAGCGGCGUCCUCAUCCGCGACUAUGGCGGCAUUCGCUCACUUCGACCAAGUCUUGCGCCGUGCUCUCGGCAGAUCUUCCUUUGGUGCUGGUAAUGACUCAAACGGCUCAUUCGGAUGGUGGACCUUUGACGAUUCCAUCGCACUUGCUACCAUGCUCAUCUUCUUCCUAGCCUCAUAUCUGAUACUUUUGGCUUUCAAGCUUUUACUCGGCAUGGGACUUCUGUCAUAUGCACGUAACAUCUACAAAGAUAUGAAGGAACGUGAAAGGCAGAGUGUUGAUAAUCAGGGUCGCCGAGUUGGAGGCUGGGGGACUGUUGAGGUAAAUGAGGACAAGCGUCGUUGGAUUUAUGAAGACGACCCGGAUGCUUUAAGUAAUUUGAGGGAGAAGGAGGCCAGAGGUCGGCAAAAGGCUGAGAAAGGCGAGAUGAAGCUAGACAACGUGGACCGGUACACCAUGGUCGCCAAACGCAUAUGGUGA